AUGUUCUUAAGGAGUAAUACAUGUGUAUUGAAAAGCAUCCGGUCAGAGGGCCGUAAGUUUGGAGUAAGGUAUACGGCCCAGAGUAAGAAGAAAAGAAUAGCCGUUCAGUUAUUGGAUAGCUUUGCUGGCAUUGGUAUCACUGGGCAAAUAGUUCAUGUGAAGGCUUCCACUAUGAUGAAUAAGCUUCAUCGUGGAAAUGGUGCAGUGUAUUUGAAUUACGAAGGAGCUAAGCCUAGGAUAACUGUUAUUGAUCCAAAGAAGAUUCAAGCAAGAAGGAUGAAAGAAUUGCGUGCUGCCAAUAUUAAGCCAGAACAAAUUGUUGCGGAGGGUCCAGAUAUCUCUGUUGAGGAGAAGAAGGAGAUGAAGGAGAUGAGAGUGAAGAAGGAGAAGAAGGAGAAUAAACCUGAAAAGUUGUUAUCUUUAGAUGAAUUGAUAGGUCUUGAUUUAGCUGAGGUUUCGGAGGAGGACAGGGACAAAGUUGUUGACGCUAUGCCAAAGAAGAUAACUUUGAAAAGAUAUACCAAGGAUGGUGCUAUUGAUCCAGCACUCUCUGUGCCAAAGAUUGCGUCGUCGUUAGAGAAUAUUGUGAGGAAAAGUUUGGGACAUAAAAAGUUACAGGAUGCUGUGUCCCAAUUUUUCAAUCAAGAGAAAAUAAAGCUGGUUCUUAGGCCUGCAGCCGUGCAAGAUGAGACAGGGGAGGUUGCAAAUACAAUUAGGAGUAUAAAGAAAACGGGAAGUUACACAUUGUCGGUUGAGGAAAAUGGUAGGCAGCUUACUGAAAUCAUUAUUCGUGUUGUUGACAGAGAGCACUAA